GUAUAAAAAUUGUUAAAAAACGUUUAUUAUUUAUAUAACUAGAAAAUAAAAUUAAUAAAAUGUGGAAAACAUUCUCAUGGCAUGAUAAAUUAAUUUUAAUAAAAAUAGAAAUUUUAAACAAUGAAUUAAAAAUAACAUUGACCAAUUUUAUAAAAACUUGGGGUAAAAUAUACUUAAAACAAGAAAUAUUUGAUAAAUUCGCAGAAUUCAAUCCCCGAUAUAAAAUUUCAAAUGAGACAGUUUUAACAUUGAUAACUAAGUUAUUCUCAUCACUGGAAUUAAAUGAUAUAGAAUGUGAUGAAUCUGAAGAAGUGUUUUCACUCACCAUCAACUCCAACAUUUCUGAAAGCAGGCUCAAAUAUAAAUUUGAGUUGUGUAAAUUAGAUUCAAACUUGUUUUCAGAAGAAAUCAUUUUACCAAUGAUCAACACAAUUAAAUAUGUGGAAAAUCAAAAUAAAACUUUAUUAAGCUUGAUAGAAAAAAAGGAUAGAGAAAUUGAAGAAUUUAAAUUGGAAUUUGGCAAUAUUGGAAGAAGAGACUUAGUGACAGUAAAAUUUGAAAAAACCUCAAAUGACCCACAAAAUGAAAACUUAUUGUUGAAUGUAUUUGGUCAGUCUAAAACAGUUGUUGAUAAAAUUGAACCAAAAUGUGAUAAAGAAAAAUUAAAAAUUUCUGAGGGAAAUUCAAUUUCAAGGCCCAUUUCAAAGAAGAAAAUAAAAGUUUAUUCAGGAAAAACUGUCAAAACAAAAAAAUAAUUGUUAAUAAUAUCUAAUUGGUGCCUCCAAAAAAUUGUUCUCAGAGGCAUUUUAAAAUCUUUCAUUCAAAAAAUAUAAAAAAUGCCUCUGAUAAGUUCUAGUGUUAAUUAUUUUAAUAAAAUUUUAAAUAAAAAAUAAAUUCCA